AUGUCGAAGCAAAUGGGAAUACGUUUUCAUCCUACUGAUACGGAGCUAAUCAACUAUCUUAAGAGGUUUUUCAAAGGCGAAUUAUCAUUGAAUCAACAAUGUCCUAUCCAGUUUGUGGAUAUAUAUGGAGAUCAAUCACCAUGGGAGAUAUUUGGAGCUAAUUCUGAAGAGAAGUUUCGUUACUUUAUUACUCCUUUGAAGAAGAGGAAGAUUAAAGAUAAAAGGUUUUGUCGAACUUGUGCUAAAGGGACGUGGAAAGGGCAAACCGGAGAAGAUCUUAUAAAGAGAAAUCAUAUGGGUCUUGUGGUAGGGUUUAAGAAAAAUUUCAAGUUUGAAACAAGUGAGUGUGGCCAAAAUAAACUUGGUUGA